GAUUGAAACCCAAUUAUAGUUUUAUACGGUGUCUAUUUAGUCCUUUGGUAUCCACCUCGUUAUAAUCCUCUUUGUAGUUAUUACAGUUGGCGACGAGAAAAGUACGAAAAAGUGCAAUUUCGAGACAGUUAUUCACUCAAGUUCAAUAAUUGGAAAAUAUUUCGCCCUACAUUCCCAGAGUUCAGCUUACUCCUUUUGAGAGGCCAUUGCGAGAGUGAGUUCACCGUUCAUCGAUUUCAUCGAUCGCACACACACGACAGCCGAAGUAAUCUCACGUCUCCCGCGGUGCCGGUGGCGCGAAGUGGUGUGCGGCAUAUACAGCAAUUGAGUAACCUACAGUGUUUACACCAGACAGUGACAGACCACUGUUUAUCACUACUACUACAAAGCGGCAGCCUGUGCAGUGCAGUAUAGUUGCUUGGAUUGUGCUGUGUAGAAAAGUGCAUCCAUUGUUCGUUCGGGCUGGACCGACUUGCCUCAAUAGAUCAGCUGUUUGCGACGACCAAGCUGAGUUGGUGCUUUUAUAUUGUGAGAGGUUGACUUUUGCCACGGGUGUUCUCUUGAACGUUAUUUUGGUUGCCGCCGCAGAAUUCUUUGAAGGUGAAGUACUACAGUGUUCAAGAAUGUCGGUGUCUACAACCAUCGUGCCAUACCUGCCAAAUUCAAUUCCAUUCGCGCAAUACGUUGAACAGCUCGAAUAUGUAUUUCUGAAUAACAAUGUCCCGGAAGAACGCUACAAAACAUCAUUUUUAGCCGUGUGUGGCGUUACGGUAUUUUCUGAAAUCAAAAAACUUUUUCCCGGUCAGGACGUAAAAACCCUAUCUUACCAGCAGAUUACGGAACAACUUAAAAAGCGAUUUGACAAAUGUGAUUCGGAAGUGAUUAAUAGUUACAAGUUUUGGAGCAGAAGGCAGAGUAGGAACGAAAAAUCGGAAGAUUUCGUGAUAGCGGUAAAGGUUUUGGCUGAACAAUGUGGGUUCGGUACCUUUAAAGAUAGGGCUAUACGGGAUCUUUUGGUAAUAGGUGUUUAUAACCGCGAGAUUCAAAAGCGUUUGUGUGACGAAGACGAUUUAACUGCUGCUAGGGCGGAGAAACUUAUUUUAAAUCAUGAAAUUUCUAACAUACGAACAAGUGUUUUGAAGGAUGACGAUGAUCAUACUUCCAUAGUCGCUCGUUUAGGUAGAAAGGAAGUUCGUUCUUGCUCUAAACAAAGGUAUCGCGGUAGAAGUAAAAGCGGUAAUCGCAGCGUUUCGUUUUCGCCCAGGCAUAAAUUUGGAAGAUAUGGGGACCGGAGGUAUGAUUCAGAAAAACCGACGUAUUUGUGCUCUUUUUGUAAAAGGAAAGGCCACACACGGAAGUUUUGUUAUAAGUUGCAUGGUAGAGAGCAGUUUCAGGCGGAUGUCAAAUUCUUAGGAUCUCCAAAAAAGAUCGUUGGUACUAGCACAAAAGGAAGCGGAAAUUUUAAGAGACCGGUAUAUACAGACGAGGAAGACGAAGAGGACUUGCCCUGUAUGAUGAUUUCCUCUAUCAAUCGCAUAAAUGAAGCUUGCCAUGUAAAGGUUUUUGUUGAGAAGAGCGUUUUAAUGAUGGAGAUUGACUGUGGCUCGGCAGAGACCGUUAUUUCUGAAGAACUAUUUUUGAGGAAUUUUGAGCAUAGUAAGCUCUCAUCUUGUAACAAGAAAUUGGCAGUGAUUGACGGCAAGAGAUUAAAGGUUCUUGGGAAAAUUAGCGUCUCGGUUCAGCUGAAAGGCAAAAAGCAGCAGCUUUUCAUGAUUGUGCUUCGAUGUGACAACGAUUUUAUACCAUUGAUGGGCCGCACCUGGUUGGAUUGUUUUUAUGCUGGAUGGCGGGACAUUUUUUCGAAUCCGAGGAUUAAAGACGAAGGCAUUUAUAAGCUCGAAGAAGAAAGCGUGAUCGAAGAGUUGAAAAAUAUCGCUCGGAGGAAGGUUGAUUGCGGCACACAAACGACAGAUUAAAAUUUCCGACGAUCAUAGCCGCAAAUCCGUUCCACGCUUCGUGUUAAGCGGAGAAAAUGAGCAUAUUAAUUCAAGAAAGCGAAGGAGAGAAGUCGAUAAUGAAGAUGACGGAUGCACAUCCGAUCAAGAGCCUGAUUUUUAUGGAUUCCCGGCGGAAUCGUUUAUUUUUAGAGAAGAUUCUCCGAUCGGAGAUCAAAUAGAUAGGCAUGAAAUUAAUCAGGAUACCAAGCAAAUUAGAAAAUCCAGUCGAAAUUCUAAAAAAAAACGUAAAGGUGAUUUUUAUUAUUAUUAUUAAGUUUAUAUAAUCAUUAAGGACCAUUCGAAAUGUUUAUCAGGGUCUGAUUUCGAAGUUUAUUUUAACAUUGAUAUUGUUUCAUUCUUAAAGGAAGGAGGAGUUGUUGUGUUAGGGCACGUUCUGAGCGAGGUUCGGAGAGAGCCCAUCGCUGAAGAGAGGAAAAGGGAAUAUAAAAGCUGUGCCUAUGAACAGAUCUGAAAUAAAGAUGAGUUAACUUUUGUACACCUUA